ACAUUAGGGGGCUUUCAAAUAGUGGCUACGGCGUGGUCGUGCUGUUAUGCUAUUAUGCAGAAAAAGAGUUACCAAAGAAGCACAUUAAACCGUGUUCUUACGACUGCUCAUCGUGGUGCAGUCUUCACUUGCUUUAUGUUCGGUGUAGUCCUGACAGGGUACACAGUUAUUUCACUAGCCCAGUAUUAUAUAUUUAAACGACCUAUUAUCAAAAAACAGCAACAAGACUACGCGAAAGCACUUAUUUUUAAAGAGAAGCGGGAAAAAGAGCUUGGUUUGAGAGAUUGAUAAUAUUUCACGUGAAGUUCUAUGAAAAAGUUGUCAAACCGUUUCGGUGAUUUCUUUCUUUCUAUGAUGUCCGUCUUGAAGUCUUACGAAAUUGCCAAUUUAAAACAACCAUCUUCAAAACCUAUUGUUGAUGAAUCAAUCCCUGGUUCGUCCAAUCAUUCUACCAGACCUAAACGUAGGAAUAAUGCCAUUUUGUUGAUGUAUUCAGGCUGGGGUUAUUACGGUAUGCAAAGAUGCCCUGUUUUUCCAACUAUUGAAGGAGAAUUGUCUAAAGCUCUCUUUACUUGUGGUCAACUCGAUAAUCUGACAGGUGAAGAACAUAAAAGAGUUCAUUUUCAACGUGCAUCUAAAACUGACAAAUCCGUUUCCGCUCUUGGACAAGUUUGUUCCAUGCAAUUACACGAAGACACAGAUUUAUUAAAUAAAUUAAACAAAGCCCUACCUGAAAAUAUUCGUGUUCUUGAUAUUAUUCGCGUAACUCGUGGGUUUUCUUCAUACGGUUCGUGUACACAUCGAAUUUAUGAUUAUCUAUUACCUACAUUCGCCUUAUCACCUGCUACUUCAUUAUUAAACGAUUCCACUUGUUGGACUUAUCGUUUAAGAGUUGAACAAAUUACACAUGUUAAUCGUUUACUUGAAAAGUAUAUGGGUACUCAUAAUUUUUAUAAUUUCACUUCAGGAAGACUUGCAACGGAUAGCAGUUGUAAUCGAUAUAUUAUAUCAGCCAAAUGUAUGCCAACAUUUCUACUCGGUGAGCAUCAAUAUACUAUUAUACGUAUUACUGGUCAGUCGUUUAUGCUGCAUCAAAUACGUAAAAUGAUUGGUUUAGCAUUAGCUGUUCUACGUGGUUAUGCAACAGAAGCAGUAUUUGAUAUUGUGUUCAGUAAAGAAAGAGUAGAUAUACCGAAAGCUCCAGGACUAGGUCUUAUGCUUAACCGAGUGGACUUUAGUCAGUAUAAUACAAAAUAUCAAAAUGACGGUAUCCAUCAACCAAUUGAUUGGAGUAAAUAUGAAGAGCAAAGAAACGAAUUCAAGAUGCAAUAUGUAUAUGAACAUAUUGAUCGAAUCGAGUCAGUGGAAAAGUCUAUGUUCCAAUGGCUUUCUACAUUGGAUAAUCAUACGUAUAGUUUGAGAGAUUCUUCAUCUCCUCUGAUUGUUGUUGAUAAUGUUUCGAAAACCGAUAAUACUCAGAUAACCAAUCAAGAUUAUGUUACCACUCGCACACAUUUCAACACUAAAAAUAAUCUAAAUAAGAAUGAUGUUCCAGAGUGUGAUAUACCUGUUAAAAAAGAAAGGUUGGUAUUGUGAGAGGAUAUCUGUUUAAUUCUUCCUUUUAUGUCAAGUAGUGGUUUUAUAAUAAAUUGUUUAUAUUAGUCAUAAUGUUGUAUUCUUCAUUUGUUUUGCUUUAUAUUUGCCAAAUGUAUACGAAGAAGAAAUAUAAAUACUACCAUUCUAAAUAGAGUUCCAUCUACAAUCUAUUUUCAAAGUGAUUCUCUCCCAAAUUUUAGUAACUUCUUUAUCUUUGAAAAUGGUUAAUAGGUAAGAAACAAAGACAGUAAUCGUUAUCGGUAAUGUAGCAAUCAUAGAAGCAAGUGAACUUGUCAUUCAUUUGUCUCACUGGUCGAUUGUCCUCUUAAUUUUAAUCCAUAUGUUUCCUAAUAAAUAAAGUAACCUAGUUGUCUGAUUUUUUUACUGUAAACUAGUCCGUAUCCCUUUCAAAGUAUUCAUAAUUUAUGCUCUUGC